AUGCGCACACAAAUGUUCACGCAGCAGAACGGAGAUAGGCCUUCUGUAGCCAACAUUGCUAUUCUUCUUACGGACGGUGUCUCAAAUGUAAAUGCUUUUGAUACGAUUCCCGAAGCUGAAAAGGUUAGAGCUGACAACAUCCACAUUUAUGGCAUCGACAGUGGAAACGUGCGAAUUGGGGCUGUUCUAUACAGCACGGACGUAGAAAUUCAGUUCCAUUUGAACGAGUAUAGCACAAAACAAGAGGUCAUAGAUGCAGUAAGGGAAAUCCCAUACGUCUAUGGUAGCACAAACACUUACGGUGGACUCAACGUAAUGCGCACGCAAAUGUUCACGCAGCAGAACGGAGAUAGGCCUUCUGUAGCCAACAUUGCUAUUCUUCUUACGGUCGGUGUCUCAAAUGUAAAUGCUUUUGAUACGAUUCCCGAAGCUGAAAAGGUUAGAGCUGACAACAUCCACAUCUAUGGCAUCGGUAUUGGCCUAGCCGACACUAAAGAAUUGAGCAAAAUUGCAUCUCCACCAAUCUCUGAGAAUAUGUUCGUGGUCAAGACCUUUGAUGAGCUUUCUGUUUUGAAAGAAAAAGUGUUUGAGCAGUUUUAUCCAGGUAGAUAUGAGCAUGUCUGA